CGCAGACGCUGCGCGCUGUGUCUGUGGGCAGGAAGAGCGUGGUCAGAGUGCGUUGAUCACUCCUUCUACAGUAGCAGUGCACAAGGAAACAGCAGGGCGCAACAUGUUACAUUUCUGAUGCUGGGGCACGGUUUAAAUCGCCUCGCUUCUCGCCCGACACGCAGAUCCUGCACGAUCGCCGCGGAAAUCCGAAGAGCCGGGUGGAAAGGGGCGUCCCGAGGCUCGGGGCUCCUGAAGGUCUGAAAGCGCACCGGGGCGGCCAGCGGCGCAAAGCGCAGCCCAGAGAAAGCGAGGCGGAGAGGACUAUUUCAGAAGCCAUGAGAGAAUACAAAGUAGUCGUGCUUGGAUCGGGCGGAGUGGGCAAAUCGGCUUUGACUGUGCAGUUUGUAACGGGAUCCUUCAUAGAGAAAUACGACCCGACCAUAGAGGACUUUUACAGGAAAGAGAUCGAGGUGGACUCUUCGCCUUCGGUGCUUGAGAUUUUGGACACCGCGGGGACGGAGCAGUUCGCCUCCAUGCGAGACCUGUACAUCAAAAACGGGCAGGGCUUUAUUCUGGUCUACAGCCUGGUAAACCAGCAGAGUUUCCAAGACAUCAAGCCGAUGAGGGAUCAGAUCAUCCGGGUGAAGCGAUACGAGCGAGUGCCCAUGAUCUUAGUGGGGAACAAGGUGGAUUUGGAAGGCGAGCGAGAAGUGUCCUCGGGGGAAGGGAAGGCGCUGGCAGAUGAAUGGAAUUGCCCCUUCAUGGAAACUUCGGCCAAAAAUAAAGGCUCCGUAGACGAACUCUUUGCAGAGAUUGUCAGGCAGAUGAACUAUGCCUCGCAGCCAAACGGGGACGACCAGUGCUGUUCCUCCUGUGUUAUCCUUUAAAACAUAUUUUCUCAACAACAACAACAACAAAAAAAAGUUUGCGAUGGUGAGUGACUCUAAUACACAACUAAAGAUCCGAAGACUAACCAGUUUGGUUGAUAACGUUAUGGUGUAAUACGUCGACUGUAUCAUGAUCAGUAUUUUUUUUAAAAAAAGUGUCCUGCUGUCUUGCACACUCUUCUUACAAAACGUGAUCCAAACCCAGUGUUUACAUGGCAGAAUACGCCUAGUGUUCUGGGAAUAAAAACAAAGAAGAAAAAAGACAUUUGCAUUUUUGGAAAUAUCGUUGUCGAGUGCCUAGGUGGUGAUAUUUAUUUACUUAAAAUGCAAA